GAGGGGAGGAGACCGGCCCAUGGACCCGCGGGGCCCGGCGCCCCAGACGCUGCGCCGCCGGGACCGAGCCCAAGAUGUCGGCCUAGGCCGGGGCGCGACGACGCGGACGGGGCGGCAACGAGGCGCCGCUGCUGCCGGGACUCGCGGCUACCGGGCCCCCGAGGGCUCGCCCUGACGGACUGGCCGAGCGGGCAGCGAGAGUCCGGCGCGUUGGGAGCGGGCCGCGCGGCACCAUGUCGGCCAAGGUGCGGCUCAAGAAGCUGGAGCAGCUGCUCCUGGACGGGCCCUGGCGCAACGAGAGCGCCCUGAGUGUGGAGACGCUGCUCGACGUGCUCGUCUGUCUGUACACCGAGUGCAGCCACUCGGCCCUGCGGCGCGACAAGUAUGUGGCCGAGUUCCUCGAGUGGGCUAAGCCGUUUACACAGCUGGUCAAGGAGAUGCAGCUUCAUCGAGAAGACUUCGAAAUAAUUAAAGUAAUCGGAAGAGGUGCUUUCGGUGAGGUUGCUGUUGUCAAAAUGAAGAACACUGAGCGAAUUUAUGCGAUGAAAAUCCUCAACAAGUGGGAAAUGCUUAAAAGAGCAGAGACUGCUUGUUUCCGAGAAGAGCGCGACGUGCUGGUGAACGGCGACUGCCAGUGGAUCACUGCUCUGCACUACGCCUUCCAGGACGAAAACUACCUGUACUUAGUCAUGGAUUACUACGUGGGUGGUGAUUUACUGACCCUGCUCAGUAAAUUCGAAGACAAGCUUCCAGAAGAUAUGGCAAGAUUCUACAUCGGUGAAAUGGUGUUGGCCAUCGAUUCCAUCCAUCAGCUUCACUACGUGCACAGAGACAUUAAACCUGACAAUGUCCUUUUGGACGUGAAUGGUCACAUCCGCCUGGCCGACUUUGGAUCCUGUUUGAAGAUGAGUGACGAUGGAACUGUCCAGUCCUCUGUGGCCGUGGGCACUCCUGACUACAUCUCGCCGGAGAUCCUGCAGGCCAUGGAGGACGGCAUGGGCAAGUACGGCCCCGAGUGUGACUGGUGGUCUCUGGGCGUCUGCAUGUACGAGAUGCUGUAUGGAGAGACGCCCUUCUACGCAGAGUCCCUCGUGGAGACCUACGGAAAGAUCAUGAACCACGAAGAGCGAUUUCAGUUUCCGUCCCACGUCACGGAUGUGUCUGAAGAAGCCAAAGACCUCAUCCAAAGACUCAUCUGCAGCAGAGAGCGCCGGCUGGGCCAGAAUGGGAUAGAAGACUUCAAAAAGCACGCGUUCUUUGAAGGUCUGAAUUGGGAAAAUAUACGAAACCUGGAAGCACCUUAUAUUCCCGAUGUGAGCAGUCCUUCUGACACCUCCAACUUCGACGUGGACGACGACGUGCUGAGAAACACCGAAAUAUUACCUCCUGGUUCUCACACAGGCUUCUCUGGGCUCCAUUUGCCAUUCAUCGGCUUUACAUUUACAACGGAAAGCUGCUUUUCUGACCGAGGCUCCCUAAAGAGCAUAAUGCAGUCCAACACGCUGAGCAAAGACGAGGGUGUGCAGCGGGACCUGGAGAACAGCCUGCAGGUGGAAGCGUACGAGAGGAGGAUCCGGAGGCUGGAGCAGGAGAAGCUGGAGCUGAGCAGGAAGCUGCAAGAGUCCACCCAGACGGUGCAGUCCCUGCACGGCUCCACCCGGGCCCUGGGCGGCUCAGCCCGCGAUAAGGAAAUCAAAAAGCUAAAUGAGGAGAUAGAGCGUCUGAAGAAUAAAAUAGCAGACUCCAGUAGGCUCGAGCGACAGCUGGAGGACACAGUGACCCUUCGCCAGGAGCAUGAGGAUUCCACACAGCGGCUGAAAGGCCUGGAGAAGCAGUACCGCGUGGUGCGGCAGGAAAAGGAGGAUUUUCACAAGCAACUGAUUGAAGCUUCCGAGCGAUUGAAGUCCCAGGCCAGAGAGCUCAAAGACGCCCACCAGCAACGCAAGCUGGCCCUGCAGGAGUUCUCCGAGCUGAACGAGCGCAUGGCAGAACUCCGCUCCCAGAAGCAAAAGGCAUCCCGGCAGCUGCGGGACAAAGAGGAAGAGGUAGAGGUAGCCAUGCAGAAGAUCGACUCCAUGCGGCAGGAAAUCCGCAAGUCGGAGAAGUUGAGGAAAGAGCUGGAAGCCCGCCUGGAGGACACCGUCGCCGAGGCCUCCCGGGAGCGCAAGCUUCGCGAGCACAGCGAGAACUUCUCCAAGCAAGUGGAGAGUGAGCUCGAGGCCCUCAAGAUGAAGCAAGGAGGCCGGGGCCCGGGGGCCACCUUAGAACAUCAGCAGGAGAUUUCCAAAAUCAGAUCUGAACUUGAGAAGAAAGUCCUGUUCUAUGAAGAGGAGUUGGUCAGGCGUGAGGCCUCCCAUGUGCUGGAAGUAAAAAAUGUGAAAAAGGAGGUACACGAUUCGGAAAGCCACCAGCUGGCCCUGCAGAAGGAAGUUCUCAUGCUGAAAGACAAAUUGGAAAAGUCAAAGCGAGAACGGCACGCCGAAAUGGAGGAAGCAGUCGGCACGAUAAGAGACAAAUACGAGCGCGAAAGGGCGAUGCUGUUUGAGGAAAACAAGAAGCUGACAGCUGAGAACGAGCGGCUUUGUUCCUUUGUGGAUAAACUCACAGCUCAAAAUAGACAGCUGGAGGAUGAACUACAGGACCUGGCGGCCAAGAAGGAGUCGGUGGCCCACUGGGAAGCCCAGAUCGCAGAGAUCAUUCAGUGGGUCAGUGACGAGAAAGACGCCCGAGGUUACCUUCAGGCUCUUGCUUCCAAGAUGACCGAAGAGCUCGAGACACUGAGGAGCUCCAGUCUGGGGUCGAGAGCACUGGACCCCCUUUGGAAAGUGCGCCGUAGUCAGAAGCUAGACAUGUCUGCACGGCUAGAGUUGCAAUCUGCUCUUGAGGCGGAGAUCCGGGCCAAACAGCUUGUUCAAGAGGAGCUGAGGAAAGUCAAAGACGCAAAUCUCUCCUUUGAAAGUAAACUAAAGGAUUCCGAAGCCAAAAAUAGAGAAUUAUUAGAAGAAAUGGAAAUUUUGAAGAAAAAGAUGGAAGAAAAAUUUAGAGCCGAUACUGGAUUGAAACUUCCAGAUUUUCAGGAUUCUAUUUUUGAGUAUUUCAACACUGCACCUCUUGGACACGAUCUGACAUUUAGAAGCAGCUCCACUGGGGAGCAGGAAACACAAGCCCCGAAGCCAGAGGUGUCCCCGUCGGUGUCUGUGGCUGCAAGCACAGAGCAGCAAGAAGACAUGGCUCGGGCCCCACAGAGGCCGCCAACCGUGCCGCUGCCCACCACGCAGCCCCUCGCUCUGGCUGGACCAAAGCCAAAAGCUCACCAGUUCAGCAUCAAGUCCUUCUCCAGCCCCACGCAGUGCAGCCACUGCACCUCCCUGAUGGUGGGGCUGGUCCGCCAGGGCUACGCCUGCGAGGUGUGCUCCUUCGCUUGCCACGUGGCCUGCAGAGACAGCGCUCCCCAGGUGUGCCCCAUCCCUCCUGAGCAGUCCAAGCGGCCGCUCGGCGUGGACGUGCAGAGAGGCAUAGGGACAGCCUACAAGGGCUACGUCAAGGUCCCAAAGCCUACCGGGGUGAAGAAGGGGUGGCAGCGGGCUUACGCGGUGGUCUGUGACUGCAAGCUCUUCCUCUACGACCUGCCUGAAGGAAAAUCCACCCAGCCUGGCGUUGUCGCCAGCCAGGUCCUGGACCUCAGGGACGAGGAGUUCUCGGUGAGCUCGGUCCUGGCCUCAGAUGUCAUACAUGCUUCUCGCCGAGAUGUCCCGUGUAUAUUCAGGGUGACAGCCUCUCUCUUAGGGACACCUUCUAAGACCAGCUCACUGCUCAUUCUGACAGAAAAUGAGAACGAAAAGAGGAAGUGGGUUGGGAUUCUAGAAGGACUGCAGUCGAUCCUCCACAAGAACCGCUUGAGGAACCAGAUCGUGCACGUCCCGCAGGAGGCCUACGACAGCACACUGCCUCUCAUCAAGGCCGUCCUGAGCGCCGCCGUCGUGGAUGGGGACAGGAUCGUGGUCGGCCUGGAAGAAGGGCUCUAUGUCAUAGAGGUGACCCGUGAUGUGAUCGUCCGCGUUGCCGACUACAAGAAAGUGUACCAGAUCGAGCUCGCUCCCAAAGAGAAAAUCGCCGUCCUCCUCUGCGGCCGCAACCACCACGUCCAUCUCUGUCCGUGGUCUGCCUUUGAUGGGGCGGAGAGCAAUGUCGACAUCAAGCUUCCGGAAACAAAAGGCUGCCAGCUCAUAGCGACUGCAACCUUGAAGAAGAGCUCUUCCACCUGCCUGUUCGCGGCCGUGAAGCGGCUGGUCCUCUGCUAUGAGGUCCAGAGAACUAGGCCUUUCCACAGGAAGUUCAAUGAGCUGGUGGCCCCCGGCCCCGUGCAGUGGAUGGCCGCGAUCAAAGACAAGCUCUGUGUGGGCUACCCUUCUGGGUUCUGUGUGCUGAGCCCCCAGGGGGACGGGCAGGCUCUAACCCUGGUAAAUCCCAGUGACCCCUCGCUCACGUUCCUCUCACAGCAGUCUUUUGAUGCCCUUUGUGCUGUGGAGCUCAAAAGCGAGGAGUACCUGCUUUGCUUCAGCCACAUGGGACUGUACGUGGACCCGCAAGGCCGGAGGUCACGCAUGCAGGAGCUCAUGUGGCCUGCGGCGCCUGUUGCCUGUAGUAUGUAUAUGUUUUCUGUUGCCAUAUCUCUGUUGCCGCUUUUCACAUCGACAGUGAGCACGUGUCCUGUUUCGCUUUGGUCUGUCUCUCGGUUCCCUUACGCCGGGGCCUUGUGGGAGCCCCGCAGCCAGAGAACCCCAACAGGGAUGGUUUAUAAGCUCACGCGGCGGGGCGGGGCGGGGCCGGCGUCCUCCCGUGCGGCGCCCCCGGCUACCGCCCCUCUCUGCUUUCCGACGCAGAUAAGGCCGCUCAACUCCGAGGGCACCCUCAAUCUGCUCAGCUGCGAGCCCCCCCGCUUGAUCUACUUCAAGAGCGAGAACUCGGGAACGGUCCUCAACGUGCCCGACACGUCCGACGGCAGCAAGAAGCAGAUGCUGCGGACCAGGAGCAAGAGGCGGUUUGUGUUCAAGGUGCCGGAGGAGGAGCGGCUGCAGCAGCGGCGAGAGAUGCUCAGAGACCCAGAAUUGAGGUCCAAAAUGAUCUCCAACCCGACCAACUUCAACCACGUGGCCCACAUGGGCCCAGGCGACGGGAUGCAGGUGCUCAUGGACUUGCCUCUGAGCGCCGUGCCCCCCUCCCAGGAGGAAAGGCCUGGCCCUGCUCCCCCCGGCCUGUCCCGGCAGCCUCCCCCGAGGAACAAGCCCUACAUCUCGUGGCCCUCAUCAGGUGGGUCGGAGCCCGGAGUGGCUGUGCCCCUUAGGAGUAUGUCCGACCCCGACCAGGACUUUGACAAAGAGCCCGACUCGGAUUCGACCAAACACUCGACUCCAUCGAACAGCUCCAACCCCAGUGGCCCCCCAAGCCCCAACUCCCCGCACAGGAGCCAGCUCCCCCUGGAAGGCCUGGAGCAGCCGGCCUCCGACGCCUGAAACCUCCAGCCUGCCGCCUCACCACCGUGGGGCCUGGGAGCUGGGGGUGGUCUCCACUGUCAGUGCCAAGACUGAGCUGACUCUCCAGUGUUGUCCGAGGAAACAUAGACUCAAUUUGU